UAAUGUUGUGCGUUUAGUUGCCUUUGCGUUCAACUGCCACAUUUGAAACUAGAAUGGCGACCGCUGUCUGCGGUUUGCAGUCCACCGGCAGUAACGGUAAGUCAGUUAAAACACACAGAGAGCACCGUAGGAAAACGAAAGACUCCAGGAGGAGACAGGCGGCUUUGUUGUUCCUUAAUAAUAUCUCACUCGACGGACGACCGCAGUGUCAGCCUAGCGAUGAAAACGACGACCAAAAAGCCGCCGAGGAGCAGCGACUCAGGGACAGAGACGGCGGCGCAACGGUCGUGCCCCUGUCGUCGGCAGGUCGCCAAGAACCGCUCGCCCAGGUGACAGAACCCGCGGCGUCAGGUAGUGGCUCGUCCUCCAGUUUUCCAGGGAUAGUCAGUCCUACCCGACCUUUGGUAAUGUCUCCGGGACCUGCUUGGGCAAACGAGGUAUUUUUGGAGGGUGGCACUGCGGCCGAUACGCUAACCCCGGACACCCCUAUGUCUCCUGUCCCCUCCGGACACCAGCCCUGCUCCCGUGUCAGGUCAACGCCCGCCGCUCUGAGCCCGGUCCCGGCCGGUAAUUUUAUGGAUUCACGGCAGAGGUUAAGGAAUGUUUCUGGUUCUCCUGGACCUAAAGUGCCAAAGAAAGUCCACUUCAUCAAAAGUAUGAGGCAGUACGAUACCAGGGGAUCUAGGAUCGUGCUGAUUUGUGCCAAGCGGUCGCUAUAUGCUGCUUUCUCAGUGCUGCCCUAUGGAGAGAGGGCUCACCUCAGUGAUCCUAAGCUGGAGACUCAGAGACAGAGGCUGUCUUCUGUGGUGGCUGCUGACCUGCUUCCUUCCCUGGAAGGUGUGGAGCUUGCAGACUAUGGAAAGGUGGUGUCAUACGCUCAGCUCCUUUAUCCGACCAAUGCCUUGGUGAGGCAGAAGAGUGGCGGCGCUCCAGAGAACGGUACGGCUCUCACCCCUCAGUCCCGUUUCCGUGGCAACGGGCAGAGGAACUUUACCCCGGCUCGUGUGAACAGCAGCGUGGCACAGGACCAAUGUAUAGAGGAGGUGGUAGAGUACGAUCCUAACCUGCUCAGUGACCCCCAGUGGCCCUGUGGGAGACAUAAGAGGGUUCUGAUAUUUGCAUCAUACGUGACGACUGUCGUUGAGUACGUGAAACCAUCUGAUCUGAAGAAGGACAUGAAUGAGACUUUCAAGGAGAAGUUUCCUCACAUCAAGCUGACUUUGAGCAAGAUAAGAAGCCUGAAGAGGGAGAUGGGGGCCAUGAGCGAAGACAGCGGUCUACAGCCGGUCACCAUAGCGAUGGCUUUUGUUUACUUUGAGAAGCUGGUGCUGAAGGGACGCCUCAACAAGCACAACAGGAAGCUGGUGGCGGCGGCGUGCGUGCUGCUGGCAGCAAAGAUCAGCAGCGAUCUGCGGAAGCCAGAAGUCAAACAACUCAUCGAUAAGCUGGAAGAGCGUUUCCGUAUCAACAGACGGGAGUUGAUUCCUCUGGAGUUCCCGGUGCUGGUUGCCUUGGAGAUGGGACUUUACCUCCCCGAGAGCAAAGUCAUGCCGCACUACCGCAGGCUGGUGCAGCAGGGUUAGACUGACAUUUUCUGUUUCCAUUAAUAACAUCAGCAAGUGGGAGUGAGGUUAUAGGACUAUGUGUUUAUACACUGUGGUAAUUGAAACAAAUAAUUCUGCUAGUAUUUAUUUUCAAUCAGUCAGUUGUGACUUAAGUCGCUCACUGUAUAUUAAGGAUAACUAGUUUACACUCCCAUAUUUUAAGACUUAAUGGCAUGUGUGUCUCUCUGAAUGUGUUUUUGUACGUGUGACGUUCUGAUGUCGAUGCAGUCAUGAACUCUAUGUUAGAGAUGUUCAAUGAGCACGUUAAUUGUGCUUUUAUUUUGGUUUUCUGUGACCGAUUUCUUUUGGUACGUCCUAGUAUUCUAUUUAAAUGAAACCUGCACUGUGAUGUUUGUGGAAGACGUUUCUCCUGCACCUUUCUUACUACUAUACAGUCUGUAUUCUAUU